AUGUCUGAACAACAGGACCAAGUUAGUAAAAGCUCCUGCUCAAGUAUUAGCACCAGUACUCAGGGGAGUGAGGAUGAUGGGACCGUCGAUGCACUUUUAACGGAAGCAAAGACCAAUGGGCGCAGCCUUGGGAAGCGGCUGUCCCACUUAGAUUCACUCCCGCAUACUCCUCGAGUUAAUGGAAAAAUCCCUGAUUUUAGUAAUGCAACCAUAGACCAUGAAUCAUUAUUGGAAAGAUUGGGCACUUAUGGCUUAGCUGAAUAUCAGAUAGAAGGGGAUGGGAAUUGCCAGUUUCGAGCUCUGGCAGAUCAGAUAUUCCGCAAUCCUGAUUACCACAGACAUGUGAGGAAGGCAGUAGUGAAGCAGCUAAAGGAAUUCAGGAAACACUAUGAAGGCUAUGUACCAUUGGACUACAAGGUUUACUUGAAGAAAAUGAAAAGAUCUGGGGAAUGGGGAGAUCAUGUGACCUUACAAGCGGCUGCAGACCGGUUUGGUGCCAAAAUCUGCCUGCUGACGUCGUUUAGAGACACAUGCCUGAUCGAGAUAGUCCCCAGGGAUGCCGCUCCUACAAGAGAGCUUUGGCUAAGUUUCUGGUGCGAAGUACACUAUAAUUCCUUGUAUGCCAAUGAAGUCCGCUCUUUGCAGAUCUUCCGACACGCAAGACCAAAAAGAAGCACUGGCUGUUCUAGGUAG